ACACUCACACACACUCCUACACACUCACACACGCACACGGGGUCCGGACGAGAGGUUACAGAGUGUCAGUCUGAGGGUGCCGAGUGAGAGACAUGGAGCUGCACACGGUGUGUGUUCUCCUCCUGCUGACGGUGUGUGUGGGAGCUACACCUGAUCGCUACUACAUCAAGAAACAACAGUCAUAUCCUGUCAAGGGCCAAGACCUUUCAGGUCCUCCGGGUAUCCCAGGGGAACCUGGCCCCCCAGGUCCUCCUGGUCCACCUGGUUCCCCAGGAAGGAGUAUGAUGGGUCAGCAGGGACCAAGGGGACCUCCUGGACCAUCCGGACCAUCUGGAUAUUCUGCACCUGGAAAGCCUGGAAGCCCAGGUGCACCAGGAAAACCAGGUGAUAAUGGACUGCCUGGAGAAAGAGGACAUACUGGGCCUGUAGGACCACAAGGAGCAAGAGGAGCUCCGGGAGCACCUGGUAGCCCAGGCCCUGCUGGUUAUUCGGCUCCUGGAAAGCCAGGACCUCAUGGUCUAACUGGCCCAGUUGGAGCUAGAGGAGAACCUGGCGCCAAGGGACUUCCGGGUAUUCCUGGCCUACAAGGACAGAAAGGUGAACCAGGUCACGGUGUGCAGGGACACCCUGGUGGACCUGGCCCGAUGGGUCCAGUGGGUCCUUCAGGUCAGCCUGGUCAACCAGGAAUUGGAAAGCCGGGUGCAACUGGAUACCCUGGGGAACCUGGAAAGCCAGGCAUGCCAGGUAGAGAUGGGGCCCCAGGUCCCAUGGGUGCACAAGGCCCAAAGGGGCACACAGGAGCUCCGGGUAUAGGUGCACCAGGUAAACCAGGUGAGAACGGGUCUCCAGGAUUGCCUGGCCCAAUGGGACAUAAAGGUUUGCAGGGACCAGCUGGUCAACCCGGAGCUCCUGGUCUCCCAGGCGUUGGCAAAUCGGGAGCACCUGGAAUUCCAGGAAAUAGAGGCGCACCUGGUGCUCCAGGUACUCCAGGAACGAAGGGUGAGCAAGGUGCAACAGGUUUUACAGGUCAGCCAGGUGGUAUUGGGCCUGUCGGUUCACCAGGCCCACAGGGUCAUAGGGGAGUUCCAGGUGAGACAGGUCCACAGGGAUCUAAAGGCGAUACAGGUGUUAUUGGGGCACCUGGUGCAAAAGGUCAAAAGGGAGAUCAGGGACCAACUGGCUUUACGGGUAAACCAGGUACUCCAGGGGCAGCAGGGCCACAAGGUUCUCCUGGUGCUACAGGAUAUCAGGGUCCAAAAGGUGAGCGAGGUUAUACAGGGUCACCAGGCAGUCCAGGACCUAUGGGUCCAACAGGCAAUAAAGGUCACACUGGUCCACAGGGUUCGACAGGUAGCAGAGGUGAUAAUGGCCUUCCUGGAGCAAGGGGACCAAUGGGGCCACCAGGACCAACAGGAGCUACAGGAUCCAAAGGUGUUCCUGGUCUCCCUGGACCCCCUGGCCCAGCAGGACUUGUAACCAAAGGUCUCUCUGGCCCACAGGGUUCUCCAGGAUUCCCUGGUGCCAGAGGUCAGGAUGGUCGCCCAGGACCAGCCGGACCUCCUGGCCCACCUGGUCCACCAGGUGAAAUAGUUUAUUAUAAUGAGAAGAGCAUGAACAUGAAAUCUGAGGUGAUCCCUGUCAGUCAUGAGCUGAUGAAGGCCCCCGUUUCAGCUUUUACAGCUCUUUUGACUAGAGCGUACCCUAAUGCAGGAACACCAAUCGCAUUCGACCAGAUUGUGUACAACGGAGAGAACCACUAUGACCCAAGCACAGGGGUCUUCACUUGUCAGAUUCCAGGGUUUUAUUACUUUGUCUUCCACAUGCAUGUCAAUGGGGCUAAUGCCCUGGUUGCACUUUACAAAAACAAUGAUCCAGUGGUGUACUCUUACGAUGAGUAUAAUAAGGGAUUCCUUGAUCAGAUGUCAGGUAGCAGCGUACUCAUGCUGCAAGAGGGCGAUACCGUCUAUGUGCAGGUUCCAGAUGAUCAGUCCAAUGGCAUCUAUGCUGACGAUAACGUCCACUGUUCUUUCUCUGGUUUCUUGAUUGCUUCAACGUGAUUGUGAUGCCAAAUUACUAAAACCUCAACAUUCACACAGUCUUUUACUAGUUAGAAAUAAAUGUAUUGUGUCCACCAAGUGUCUGUCCAUGUGAAAGAAAAGAUGUAACCCAUUAUUAUUUCAAGAAAAACACUGAAUUUACUUAGAAUUAAUCAGGAUCACGGUGGUGCUCUGUAGUCGCUUUUAAAGAUCGCUUGUGUGCUUGUGUCUUCAAAACUUGAUUUUUCUUUUUUUUUUUAUAAGAGAUGUCUGGAACACCACAUUCACGCGUAUUAAAAAAACUGUAUGCAUUUAUUUUAACACUAAUUGUGCACAACGUCUCUCACGUCAUGUAUGUCAUUGUGAUCAACCAAAAAAAUAAAAGUUAAAGAUGA